CUGAAUCCAGCCUGGGUACAUGGCAAGUUGCUUAAGGUGCCUUUAUUUCCAGAGCAGCAUUUGUAGAGUUAAUAUCAUUUUCCUCUUGGGCACGCCUACCUUUGGCUUAAUUGGAGAUCCCUUUGCGUGUAGGAGACAACUGCAAGGAAUUAGUUUGUGGGGAAAUCCCGAGAGAGUAUCUUAACUACUGGCCAUCAGUAUUCCUGGCUCAGAUCGAGGUCUAGGUAAAAGAAACGAACAGUUGGGCCUGGGUCUCAAACGAGGAAGAGCGAGACCACCGAGAAUCCGGUGGCCGGGGUCAGCCUGGCGGAGUAGGGUUGGUAACCCAAGGAAGAAAACAGCCCAAAGAUGAGAGUGAUUCGCGUGGGUACCCGCAAGAGCCAGCUGGCCCGCAUACAGACGGACAGUGUGGUGGCAACGCUGAAAGCCUUGUACCCAGGCCUGCAGUUUGAAAUCAUUGCUAUGUCCACCACAGGGGACAAGAUUCUUGAUACUGCACUCUCUAAGAUUGGAGAGAAGAGCCUGUUUACCAAGGAGCUGGAACACGCUCUGGAGAAGAAUGAAGUGGACCUGGUUGUUCAUUCCUUGAAGGACCUGCCCACAGUGCUUCCUCCUGGCUUCACCAUUGGAGCCAUCUGCAAGCGGGAGACCCCUUAUGAUGCUGUUGUCUUUCACCCCAAAUUUGUUGGGAAGACCCUAGAAACAUUGCCAGAGAAGAGCGUGGUGGGAACCAGCUCCCUGCGGAGAGCGGCCCAGCUGCAGAGAAAGUUUCCACAUCUGGAGUUCAAGAGUAUUCGGGGAAACCUCAACACACGGCUUCGGAAGCUGGAUGAGCUGCAGGAGUUCAGUGCCAUCAUCUUGGCCGCAGCUGGCCUGCAGCGCAUGGGCUGGCAGAAUCGGGUGGGGCAGAUCCUGCAUCCCGAGGAGUGCAUGUAUGCUGUGGGUCAGGGGGCCCUGGCGGUGGAAGUCCGAGCCAAGGACCAGGACAUCUUGGAUUUGGUGUGUGUGCUGCAUGAUCCAGAGACUCUGCUUCGCUGCAUUGCUGAACGGGCCUUCCUGAGGCACCUGGAAGGAGGCUGCAGUGUGCCAGUGGCAGUGCAUACAGCCAUGAAGGAUGGCCAGCUGUACCUUACUGGAGGAGUCUGGAGUCUGGAUGGCUCAGAUAGCAUGCAAGAGACCAUGCAGGCCACCAUCCAUGUCCCUGCCCAGCAUGAAGAUGGCCCUGAUGAUGAUCCACAGCUUGUGGGCAUCACUGCCCGGAACAUCCCACGAGAAGCUCAGCUGGCUGCCGAGAACCUGGGAGUAAGCUUGGCCACCUUGUUGCUGAACAAAGGAGCCAAGAACAUUUUGGACGUUGCACGGCAACUCAAUGAUGCCCACUAAUUUGUCUGUGGGGCACAGAUGCCUGGGUUGCUGCUGUUCAGUGCCUACAUCCCAGCCCUCAGUGCCCCAUUCUCGCUGUUACCCUGGGGAGUGAUUACCCCAAGGGGACUGAACUGCAGAGGCUUCCAUAGGCUCAUCUCACCUUGGGGCCUUGAUUACUGCCUUGCCUUCUCAUGUGGAGGCUCCACCUCUAGAGAAAAUGUCUAAUAAGCCACAGCCUUUGAAUGUAACCAAUUCUACUAAUAAAGCACAUUUGAGGGUG